CGACCUCAAGGACAUCAACUUCCGGCCGCAGAUGUCCCAGUUCCUGUGUUUGAAGAACAUACGCACCUUCCUUAAAGUCUGCCAUGAUAAAUUCGGGUUGCGAAACAGUGAGCUGUUUGACCCCUUCGACCUCUUCGACGUCCGAGACUUCGGGAAGGUCAUCUCUGCGGUGUCGAGACUGUCCCUGCACAGCAUCGCGCAGAACAAAGGGAUCAGGCCCUUUCCUUCCGAGGAGACUGCGGAGAACGAUGAUGAUGUCUACCGCAGCCUGGAGGAGCUGGCUGACGAGCAUGACCUGGGCGAGGACAUCUACGACUGCGUCCCGUGCGAGGACGAGGGCGACGACAUCUAUGAGGACAUCAUCAAGGUGGAGGUACAGCAGCCCAUGAAAAUGGGCAUGACCGAGGAUGACAAGAGGAACUGCUGCUUACUGGAGAUCCAGGAGACAGAGGCCAAGUACUGCCGAACCCUGGAGGACAUCGAGAAGGUGAGGUGGCAGUGGUGGGCUUCUCUCUUCCAGAACUACAUGUGUCCCCUGCGGCUGGUGCUGAGCCCAGCGGACAUGGCUGCCGUCUUCAUCAACCUGGAGGACCUGACCAAGGUGCACCACAGCUUCCUGAGGGCCAUCGACGUGUCCAUGAUGGCUGGUGGCGGCACUCUGGCCAAGGUCUUCCUCGAUUUCAAGGAAAGGCUCCUGAUCUACGGAGAGUACUGCAGCCGCAUGGAGCACGCCCAGAGCACACUGAACCAGCUCCUGGCCGGCCGGGAGGACUUCCGGCAGAAAGUCGAGGAGUGCACGCUGAAGGUCCAGGACGGGAAGUUCAAGCUGCAGGACCUGCUGGUGGUGCCCAUGCAGAGGGUCCUGAAGUACCACCUCCUCCUGAAGGAGCUCCUGAGCCAUUCCACCGACCGGCCUGAGAGGCAGCAGCUCAAAGAGGCACUGGAGGCCAUGCAGGACCUGGCCAUGUAUAUCAACGAGGUGAAACGGGACAAGGAGACCUUGAAGAAGAUCAGCGAGUUCCAGAGUUCGAUCGAGAACCUGCAAGUGAAACUGGAGGAGUUUGGGAGGCCAAAGAUCGACGGGGAACUGAAAGUCCGGUCCAUAGUCAACCACACCAAGCAAGAUAGGUACCUGUUCCUGUUCGACAAGGUGGUCAUCGUCUGCAAGCGGAAGGGUUACAGCUACGAGCUGAAAGAGAUCGUCGAGCUGCUGUUCCACAAGAUGUCAGACGACCCCACCAACCACAGGGACGUCAAGAAGUGGUCCUACGGCUUCUACCUGAUCCACCUCCAGGGGAAGCAGGGCUUCCAGUUCUUCUGCAAGACCGAGGACAUGAAGAGGAAGUGGAUGGAGCAGUUCGAGAUGGCCAUGUCAAACAUCAAGCCGGACAAAGCCAAUGCCAACCACCACAGCUUCCAGAUGUACACGUUCGAUAAGACCACCAACUGCAGGGCCUGCAGGAUGUUCCUCAGGGGCACCUUCUACCAGGGCUACCUGUGCACCAGGUGUGGUGUCGGGGCACACAAGGAGUGUCUGGAGGUGCUGCCCCCCUGCAAGAGCAGUUCCCCUGCAGACAUGGACUCUUCCGGAGCGGGACCAGGUCCCAAGAUGGUGGCUGUGCAGAAUUACCAUGGCAACCCAGCUCCCCCUGGGAAGCCUGUGCUGACCUUCCAGACGGGUGACGUGAUCGAGCUGCUGAGGGGCGACCCUGAGUCCCAGUGGUGGGAGGGCCGGCUGGCGCAGACCAGGAAGCUGGGUUACUUCCCUAGUUCAUCUGUGAAGCCCUGCCCUGUGGACGGAAGGCCGCCCAUCAGCCGGCCGCCUACCCGGGAGAUCGACUACACGGCAUACCCCUGGUUUGCAGGCAGCAUGGAGAGGCAGCAGACGGACAACCUGCUCAAGUCCCACGCCAGCGGGACCUACCUCGUCAGGGAGCGGCCCCCGGGGGCCGAGCGCUUCGCCAUCAGCAUCAAGUUUAAUGACGAGGUGAAGCACAUCAAGGUGGUGGAGAAGGACAACUGGAUCCACAUCACGGAAGCCAAGAAGUUUGAAAGCCUCUUGGAGCUGGUGGAGUACUACCAGUGCCAUUCGCUCAAGGAGAGCUUCAAGCAGCUGGACACCACCCUCAAGUACCCCUACAAGUCGCGGGAGCGCGCCGCCUCCAGGCCCUCCAGCCGGGCUCCAGCUUCCUGUGCUUCCUACAGCUUUUCUUUUCUCAGUCCUCAGGGCCUCAGCUUCGCGCCUCAGGGCCCCUCCGCUCCCUUCUGGUCAGUGUUCACGCCCCGGGUCAUCGGCACGGCUGUGGCCAGGUACAACUUUGCCGCACGGGACAUGCGGGAGCUGUCGCUGCGGGAGGGCGACGUGGUGAAGAUCUACAGCCGCAUCGGCGGGGACCAGGGCUGGUGGAAAGGCGAGACCAACGGACGGAUCGGCUGGUUUCCUUCGACUUACGUAGAAGAGGAGGGCAUCCAGUGACGGCCGAUGCAGACGCGACUCGCAGACUCUAUCGGAGAGUCGCCCCCCCCCGGGCC